AUGGGUGCUCAACAGUCAGAGUUUAGCGCAGAAGAGCUUGAAGAAUAUGAGGAAUUGACUUAUCUGACAAAGCACGAAAUUAUUCGUGCUCACGAGUGUUUCAAGAAGUUAGACAAAGACGCAGUGGAACGAAACAGAAAUGCAAGAUUGACAUCAGAUAAGAUUCUCGAAUUUCCAGAACUGAAGGUAAACCCAUUCAAAGAUCGUAUAUGUAAAGUUUUUUCAUCAACUGAUGACGGAGCGUUGACGUUUGAAGAUUUUCUUAAUAUGAUGUCCGUGUUCAGCGAAGCAGCACCAAUGACGUUGAAGAUUCAAUAUGCCUUCUUGAUUUAUGAUUUUAAUGACGAUCAUUAUAUUUGCAAGGAAGAUAUGAAAAUAUUGAUGAGAAAAUUGGCCGGUGAAAACGAAAUGUCGGAAAAAAACAUUGACAAUGCCAUCUCUGAAAUAUUACAUGAAGCAGAUUUAGAUGGAGACGAUCAACUAUCUUUCGCCGAAUUUGAAAACGUCAUGUCUAAAGCUCCGGAUUUUCUUAGAGGAUUUCGUAUUCGAUUGUAAUUUCAGCAGAAUCAUGGAUGUUUAAAAAAAUUGAAUAUGGUUGAUUCACAAUGUGCUUUACAGUACAAUGUAUCACAUGAUAACUUCCACUUUGAACAUUUUAGCAUGAUCUAAUUAAUGGCUAAUGGAAACAGCAAAGCAUAAUUAUUUAACAUUUAUAAAAUAUUACUCGUACAUAAAUAUUUAUUGCAGGUAGCUAGCUAUAGAUGUGCAAGCUAUAUAUAUAUAUAUAUAUAUAAAAUGAAAUAAAAUGGA